AUGGAUGAAGAUCGAGAUGCCAACAUCGAGCAAUGGAAAAUCAAGAGGCUCAUAAAGAAGCUGGAGAAUGCCAAGGGGAACGGAACCAGCAUGAUCAGUCUAAUCAUCAAGAACAAGGAUGAAGUGUCUCGAAUAAAUAAAAUGCUCGCGGAUGAGCUGGGGACGGCCUCCAAUAUCAAAAGCAGAGUCAACCGACUCAGUGUGUUGUCUGCCAUUACAUCCACGCAGCAAAAGCUGAAGCUGUACAGCAAGACGCCGCCCAAAGGGCUAGUCGUGUUCUGCGGCACAGUGAUAACGGAGGACGGGAAGGAGAAAAAAAUGUCUAUCGAUUUCGAGCCAUUCAGGCCAAUAAACACAAGUCUGUACCUAUGUGACAACAAAUUUCAUGUGGAAGCUCUAAAGGAGUUGCUCGAAAGUGACGAAAAGUUCGGUUUUAUCAUUGUCGACGGUAAUGGAGCUCUAUUUGGCACCAUACAGGGGAAUACCAGAGAAGUCAUAAGGAGAUUCACCGUAGAUCUGCCUAAGAAACAUGGCAGAGGAGGUCAAAGUGCCUUACGUUUUGCUCGUCUGAGAUUAGAGAAGAGACACAAUUAUCUAAGAAAAGUUGCCGAAGUAGCAACAUCUGUUUUUAUAACAAAUGACAAAAUCAAUGUGUCGGGUAUAGUACUCGCAGGAAGUGCUGACUUUAAGAAUGACCUCAUGCAUAGUGACAUGUUUGAUCAGAGGCUCUUCACCAAGGUUAUAAAAAUAGUGGAUAUUUCUUACGGAGGAGAUAAUGGGUUCAAUCAGGCAAUUGAGUUAAGCUCUGAGGCGCUCCAGAAUGUCAAGUUCAUUCAGGAGAAAAAGCUUAUUGGUAAGUUUUUUGAAGAAAUCGCACAAGACACAGGGAAGGUUGUUUAUGGCAUUGAAGAUACAUUGAAGGCUCUGGAGAUCGGGGCGGUGGAGUUACUAAUCCUGUAUGAAGGGUUGGAUAUAAUAAGAUUGACGACGAGGAAUGCUAUUACGAAUACGACACGGACGAUGCACAUUUCGCCUCAGGAUGAGAAACAGGAAUCGCUAUACAAAGAGAACAACGUGGAAUUGGAGGUGGUGGAGAAAAUCUCCCUUACCGAUUGGGUCAUAAAUAAUUACAAGAGGUACGGAGCUUCUCUCGACUUCGUCACCAACAAGUCACAGGAGGGGGCCCAGUUCCAGAAGGGCUUCGGAGGGUUUGGCGGCAUGCUCAGGUACAAGCUGGACCUUAAUUUGUAUGACGAGGAUGUGGAGAGCGACGCGGAGCUCUUCUGA